GGCGGACGUACCACCAUGGGGUCGUCAAAGAAGCACCGCGGGGAGAAGGAGGCGGCCGGGACGACGGCGGCGGCCAGCACUGGAGGCGCCACCGAGCAGCCGCCGCGGCACCGGGAGCACAAAAAACACAAGCACCGGAGCGGCGGCGGCGGCAGCAGCGGCGGCGAACGUCGGAAGCGGAGCCGGGAGCGUGGGGGCGAGCGUGGCGGCGGGCGGCGCGGGGCCGAAGCCGAGGCCCGCGCCGCCAGCUCCAAAGCUAGCCCAGCAGAUGCCUCGUCGCUUAGCAUCGAGGAGACCAAUAAACUCCGGGCAAAGUUGGGGCUGAAACCCUUGGAGGUCAAUGCCAUCAAGAAGGGUGAGUGUGGGGCUGAGGAUUGGGAGGCGGGCACCAAGGAGGAGCCCGUGGCAGCCGAUGUCAUCAACCCCAUGGCCUUGAGACAGCGAGAGGAGCUACGGGAGAAGCUGGCAGCCGCCAAAGAAAAGCGCCUCCUGAACCAAAAACUGGGAAAGAUAAAGACACUGGGGGAGGAUGACCCCUGGCUGGAUGACACGGCAGCCUGGAUCGAGAGGAGCCGGCAGCUUCAGAAGGAGAAGGACUUGGCAGAGAAGAGGGCCAGACUGCUGGAGGAGAUGGACCAAGAGUUUGGGGUCAGCACUUUGGUGGAAGAGGAGUUUGGGCAGAGGCGGCAGGACCUGUACAGUGCCCGGGACCUACAGGGCCUCACCGUGGAACAUGCUAUUGAUUCCUUCCGAGAAGGGGAGACUGUGAUCCUCACCCUCAAGGACAAAGGUGUGCUGCAGGAGGGGGAGGACGUGCUGGUGAACGUGAACCUCGUGGAUAAAGAGCGGGCAGAGAAGAACGUAGAGCUCCGGAAAAAGAAGCCUGACUACCUGCCCUAUGCAGAGGAUGAGAGCCAAAAACCCCGCUCUAUCCUGUCCAAGUAUGAUGAGGAGCUCGAGGGCGAGCGGCCGCACUCGUUCCGCUUGGAGCAGGGUGGCGCCGCUGACGGCCUGCGGGAGCGGGAGCUGGAGGAGAUCCGGGCCAAGUUGCGGCUGCAGGCUCAGUCCCUGAGCACAGCGGGGCCCCGGCUGGCCUCCGAGUACCUCACGCCCGAGGAGAUGCUAUUUGCUGAUGCCAUGCUUCUUAUUCCAGCCGCCAGCUCCAAAGCUAGCCCAGCAGAUGCCUCGUCGCUCAGCAUCGAGGAGACCAAUAAACUCCGGGCAAAGUUGGGGCUGAAACCCUUGGAGGUCAAUGCCAUCAAGAAGGAGGCGGGCACCAAGGAGGAGCCCGUGGCAGCCGAUGUCAUCAACCCCAUGGCCUUGAGACAGCGAGAGGAGCUACGGGAGAAGCUGGCAGCCGCCAAAGAAAAGCGCCUCCUGAACCAAAAACUGGGAAAGAUAAAGACACUGGGGGAGGAUGACCCCUGGCUGGAUGACACGGCAGCCUGGAUCGAGAGGAGCCGGCAGCUUCAGAAGGAGAAGGACUUGGCAGAGAAGAGGGCCAGACUGCUGGAGGAGAUGGACCAAGAGUUUGGGGUCAGCACUUUGGUGGAAGAGGAGUUUGGGCAGAGGCGGCAGGACCUGUACAGUGCCCGGGACCUACAGGGCCUCACCGUGGAACAUGCUAUUGAUUCCUUCCGAGAAGGGGAGACUGUGAUCCUCACCCUCAAGGACAAAGGUGUGCUGCAGGAGGGGGAGGACGUGCUGGUGAACGUGAACCUCGUGGAUAAAGAGCGGGCAGAGAAGAACGUAGAGCUCCGGAAAAAGAAGCCUGACUACCUGCCCUAUGCAGAGGAUGAGAGCGUGGAUGACUUGGCACAGCAAAAACCCCGCUCUAUCCUGUCCAAGUAUGAUGAGGAGCUCGAGGGCGAGCGGCCGCACUCGUUCCGCUUGGAGCAGGGUGGCGCCGCUGACGGCCUGCGGGAGCGGGAGCUGGAGGAGAUCCGGGCCAAGUUGCGGCUGCAGGCUCAGUCCCUGAGCACAGCGGGGCCCCGGCUGGCCUCCGAGUACCUCACGCCCGAGGAGAUGGUGACCUUUAAAAAGACCAAACGGAGGGUGAAGAAGAUCCGCAAGAAAGAGAAGGAGGUGGUAGUGCGGGCCGAUGACUUGCUGCCUCUUGGAGACCAGACUCAGGAUGGGGACUUCGGUUCUAGACUGCGGGGCCGGGGUCGACGCCGAGUGCCCGAGGCGGACGAGGAGGCCCCAGAGGAGGAGGAGAAGGAGCCGGUGCCUCAGCCCCUGCAGUCAGAUGACACCCGUGUGGAGAACAUGGACAUCAGCGAUGACGAGGAGGGUGGAGCCGCCCAGUCCGGGUCCCCAGAGGUGCUGGAGGAGGACGAGGCGGAGCUGGAGCUGCAGAAGCAGCUGGAGAAGGGGCGCCGCCUGCGGCAGCUGCAACAGCUCCAGCAGCUGCGGGACAGCGGCGAGAAGGUGGUGGAGAUUGUGAAGAAGCUGGAAUCUCGCCAGCGGGGCUGGGAGGAGGACGAGGAUCCAGAGCGGAAGGGGGCCAUCGUGUUCAACGCCACAUCGGAGUUCUGCCGCACCUUGGGCGAGAUCCCCACCUACGGGCUGGCCGGCAACCGGGAGGAGCAGGAGGAGCUCAUGGACUUUGAACGAGACGAGGAGCGCUCGGCCAACGGCGGUUCGGAGUCUGAUGGGGAGGAGAACAUUGGCUGGAGCACGGUCAACUUGGACGAGGAGAAGCAGCAGCAGGAUUUCUCUGCCUCAUCCACCACCAUCCUGGACGAGGAGCCCAUUGUGAACAGAGGGCUGGCAGCCGCCCUGCUGCUGUGUCAGAACAAAGGGCUGCUGGAGACCACGGUGCAGAAGGUGGCCCGGGUGAAGGCGCCCAACAAGUCCCUGCCGUCAGCUGUGUACUGCAUCGAGGACAAGAUGGCCAUCGAUGACAAGUACAGCCGGCGGGAGGAGUAUCGAGGAUUCACCCAGGACUUCAAGGAGAAGGACGGCUACAAACCCGACGUGAAGAUCGAGUACGUGGAUGAGACGGGCCGGAAACUCACACCCAAGGAGGCUUUCCGGCAGCUGUCCCACCGCUUCCACGGGAAAGGCUCGGGCAAGAUGAAGACGGAGCGGCGGAUGAAGAAGCUGGACGAGGAGGCGCUCCUGAAGAAGAUGAGCUCCAGCGACACCCCCCUGGGCACAGUGGCUCUGCUCCAGGAGAAGCAGAAGGCCCAGAAGACGCCGUACAUUGUGCUCAGCGGCAGUGGCAAGAGCAUGAACGCGAACACUAUCACCAAGUGAAGCGGAUCUCCCCUCUGAUCCCCUCUCCGACUUUAAUAGUAAAUAAAGUUCCCUCCUUAUUUUUUC